AAUCAAUAAUUUUCCGUGAGGCGAUAUUACCGUCAUCGAAUUUCAAGAAAUCGAAUUCAUUUUAUAUCAAAUUGUGGCUUUGUUCGUGUGGUAAAAAUAAGUCGUCAGUUGUGAAAGGUGUGAUCAGAGUAUUCUUCACUUAAACAAUAGGGUGAAUUGUUCGAAUAUUAGCGAAUAAAGAAAGCGAUACGUUAUCGACUAGUUCGCACCACCCCAUUUCAUUCACCCGACUAUUCGAGCAAAUACGAACUACCAAAAAAAAUCAUUUCGUUACCGAACUGACCGUUUAUCGAUAGAAAGUAAAUUUUCUUCUUAGUAAAAAGUGCAAAAUUUUUCGCUUGUUCUCGAUUAAAAUUUAUGUUCGAUCGGAAAAACUGUAAAAAUUUCAAAUUUUACAGUACAGUGAUAUGAGACUUCAUCAAUCAUUCGCUUACAUCUUUAAAUUAUUAACCGAUCAAUUUGGCAAAUAUAAACAUUUCCCGUCACUUAUGUGUAUGAAAUCGGUGACUCCAGUUAAGGGUAAGAAAUACCAAUCGAUGUCUCGUCAAGUAGAUAAUGCUUAAAUUACCAAAAGGUCUAAAGAAGAAGAAAAAAGGGAAAAAGUCUAAAAAUCAAGAGUUAUUCACAGAGGAAGAAUUAGAAAAUUACAAACGCGAACAAAGAGAAAAACAACUUGCCGAAGAGGGUACAUCAAAACAGCCAAACGACGACGAAUGGUCGAAAUUUAAUGCUCUUACCACUGGUAUCGAUUCAAUUUUAAAACGGACUCAAGGCGAUCUUGAUCGAAUCAAGGAGCAGUCGUUCUUUCAAAGGGUCGAACCGAAAAAAGUAAAAUCGGCUAAAGAAAGAGAAGAAGAGCAAAGGCUACAGCAGAAACAGCAGCAAGCGGAAGAAGCAGCGGCUGCAACAGCAGCAGCAAAUGUAGUAGUAGCUGAACCAACAGCUGAAGAUCGAUUAGCUCAAGCUGUUAUCGAAUUAUCCGACUCGGAAGAAGAAUCUGAGGAGGCUGAUGACAUAUUCGAUACAAAUUACAUAGAUACGCUAACUAGUGGCGAUGUUCAACUAGCUUACGUUCCAGAAUCACCAACUGAAGAAUUUGACGAAGGACCAGAUCCGUUCGACACUGCUUACGCAGAUAAAUUAAUCAAAGGCCCUGAAGUUUCGAAACGGGGAAAAAAAAUUGUUAAUAUCGGAGCAGCAGUUGAAGUUCUAACCGGUCGUGUGGAAAAAGUAUCUACCGUUACUGCUCGUCGUCCGCGCAGAGGCCCACAAAAUUUGUUAUUAGAAAGUUUCGACGAAGGAACUCAGUUGCCCAGUGAAUGUGAACCAGUUAGCGAGCCAGUUAAAACUUUACUUGAUGAUCCAGCUGAUGACAUACCGGAUGUUCCGAUCGAUUUAAGUGUUUCAUUACACAUCGCCUUUCAAAAAGAACAAAGAGCACAACAGGAGCAAGAAGCCGCUGACAAUAGCAAGGAGAUCUUAUCAGAAUUUGAUGCUUUGGAAAAUGAAGAUGAUGAAUUUGCCGAAUUAGCUGCGGAAUCAUUGACGAAAAAAGAGGAAGUUCAGCAUAUAACUAACGUUAUUCCCCUUGAUUGUCCCAUUGAAGUAUCAACUGAUUGGGCAGCAUUUGAGGAAACAAAAUCCGAGAAAGCGAAACCGGCAAGACCACCUCCACCACGUCCAGAGGCAGUAGCCAGCAUUGUAUUAGAAGCAUUAGAGCAGGAGGAGGAAUUCGAUAAUCUCGACGACGAUCCAUUCGACACAACAUUCGUGGAGAAGGUUAUAACUGAAGACGAUGAUGACUUUGAUUUUGAUCCGAGAAAAGACGAAACCGAUAAGCCUGAACCAAUAGUUCUUGCGCCAGAAGACGUUCAUUUUAUUAAAAAACCGAUUGAUUUGCUGGCCGGAAGCAACUCGGACUUGACACAACUUCCAAUAGAUGUUCCUAUCGUACCAGUGAGCGAAGAGGAACAAGAAGUCGAUCCGUUUGAUACGUCAGCUAUUACCUAUAUCGUUCAGCCGAAAGAAGUAGAAAUUAAAAUUUUAGAACAGGAAUUGCUGAAUGACACAAAAAUACGGCAAUCGUUAAGCGAUCCAGAUUUUGAUCCACGGGCUGAAGAGGAAACAGCCGCUGAAAUUCGAAUAAAAGAAGAGUACGAGAAUACAGCCCGCCGUAAAUCCUCUUUGAGUCUUAACAUAUCUGGAGGAGGUGCGCAGAAAUCAGUUGUUUUUGCAUUAGGCGCUGAUUUGCUGGGUUCAACGAAUCUGAGCAGCAAGAUACAAAAACCAUUAACACCAUACUAUCCUGGACAAAUCGAAGAAGAGACUGCCAACGACGAUCCAUUCGACACAUCUUUUGUGCCCGAGUCCAAUCCAAGUCAAAUCGAACUAAAUUUAAUCGAAAAAGAUUUGCUAACAUCGUUAAAACCGAGUUUAUCAGACCCGGAUUUUGAUCCAAGAGCAAUUACUCCUGUCGAACCACCUGUAAAAACUGAUUUGUUGGCUGUUAGCGAAGAGCACAAUUUUAAAGUACUGACACCAGCAACUGAACAACCUAAACCUGCAGACGAAAUUUCAUUUGUUGAUCCGUUUGACACGAGCUCUGUGGACCACAACAUUCUUCCUGGAAAGGCCGAAUUAAAAUUAAUUGAGACAGAACUUUUACCAACCAUCAACGUAACACCACGAACGAACGUUCUCGAUUCUUAUUCGGAUUCUCAAGAACUAGGACUAGGAGAUAAAGUGCUCACGCCCCAGGUGCCAAGCGCUUUAGAAUUUGAAGAAGAACAGGAUCCAUUUGACACGUCUAUAGCGAAUAACUUGGGACCAGGAAAGACUGAAAUUAAACUUUUGGAAUCCGAACUAAUACAUCAGUAGAGUAGCGGCUGUACAUUACAUUUUUCCACAACC